AUAGCGACUGCUUUGACACGGACGUGUCCGAGUCCAUCCAGCACGAUCUGUUCUCCUCUGGCUAUCAGGACGGGCAUCCACCGAGCUUGGCAUUCGAUGGCAGCUUAGAAACCAGUUGGCGCGAUGCCUGCUUGGCUUGCCCAGGAGGCCUUUCCUGGUUAGCCCUCUCCCUGGUCUCUUCAGUCCGCAUCCGCUGCAUCCGCCUCUUUCAGGAUGCGAGCUUUAGCCGUCUCGCCUCCGCAGUGGUCUUGGAGAGUUGGAACUCAUCUGACUGGAUCGUCGAGUCGACCUUCGCCGACCUUCAGGGUGGUGCCUGGGGCAAGUACAACUUGCGUUGGGAGAGUCCAGCGGCUCGGAAUCGAUGGCGUUUCGUCUUGGCAACGCCGAACAUUAGCCUGGCAAUUGCGGAGCUCGCGUUCUUUGCAGACCUCGGUUGCAGCCAGCCCAUCGCGGGCAUUCCCAUCGCCAGUGCGACGCGCAUCGGUGCUCUGCUGAUGAAACUGCUGUCGGAAUUCGAACUGGUGCUGAAAAAUCUGCACCCAGCACCGAUCUUCGGACGUAUUGACGUGGAAUUUGCGAGGUUUGCAGGCUUAUUGGUUUUGCAUCAAGACUUCGGUUGUAGAUUUCUUUGGAGCUUUGUCAUGGUCAGCGCCGACAGGGACGGAGAUGCUCUGGGGGUCGUGCUUCGGAUGUUUUCGUGGUGGAUUCUGCCCUUCUCGUUGAGAAGUGCCGAGGCUUCUGCACACUGUUGGGACAGUUCGUUCAGCGCUGACCGCUGCUGUCCUGGCUUUGGCGGAGAUCCAUCCUGUUGGCAUGGGCAUCGAUCCUGGCAUUUCUGUUGCCUGUCAGAUGGCGACAUCUAUGACUAUUCGAAGCUUUCGGGAUCACUGGCCCAAGCGCCAGCUCUUCACUGGGACAAGAUCGAUGUGGACUGCCUUGGGCGAAGAACCUGGGAAAACCUGGCCUACUUGCUCAAUGCAGAUGCAUCCCUCAAGAGUGGACCAGACGUGCUCGAAGAGGAAGUCGUGGCACAAGAAGAACUGGUAGGAUUUAUCAUGGCAGUGUCUCGACAUGUCUUUGCCAUACCCUACUUGGGAUGGCUGGAUUGCCCCGUUGGUUUGCUAUCACUCGCAGGAUAUUUGUUCGCUCACGAAGCAGAAGGUAACUGGCGAAGUGCGUUUAAGCACAUGUACAGGUCUAUUCCGUUAGACCUCAUGCUUGCAUCACGCUGGCCGAUCUUCCAGCAGCUAGCAGAUGUCAACUUCAGAGAAGCACGCAGGUCUAGCCUCCCUGUUCAGUCCCCUCGCACUUCUGCCCUCUAUGGCUUGCGUUUCAUGCACAUCCCGAAGACUGGUGGAAUGACGGUUACGUCCUAUGCUGCAAGGCACGGGCUGCUAGUGUGGCUUAGUCCUUUUGAGGCCAAGGGCAUUGCGUGCCAGGCGAAGUUCCACUGCUCUGCCGACUUCUGGCCGUUUCUGUCAAAGGAUACCUUCUGCUUUGCGAGGAAUCCCUACUCCCGCGUCGUAAGUGCUGCCCGGCAUCGCGGCAUCACCAAUGCAACUCAACUCAACAGUUGGGUCCGGGUGCAUGUUGGGAAUGCAUGGAGGGACCGGGACGUGCGGAACCACAACAUUGUCUUACCCGUCUCCGCAUUCAUCACAACAAGAACCGGAGAGAGAAUGUGCUCGAACGUGCUCCGAACUGAAGGCUUAGCCAGCUCCUUCUGUUACUUUCUGUCCCAACGUGACCCUUCCGUUGACCUUUCGGCUUGCUGGUCAGAGCUGGAGUUCUUCUCGCCCGACCAGGCUCGUCGUCACAGUUUGACAGCUGGUGAUCUGUCGAACAAGUCCAUAGCACUUAUCAACAAGGUGUUCGAGAAGGAUUUCUACGAGUUUGGUUAUACGAUGUGGGGGCGGAAAAGGAUUGUGCAGCUCUUGAUUUGGCAUUCUGCGAAUCAGACCACCUUCGAACACGGUCAGUCUGAUGAUAAACCUUGUGGCUACAGUAUUCUCUAG